GCGUCCCCACCACGUUCCUCAGUCUGCUCUAUGGUUCGCUGAGAGAUAUGGUGUGAUGUAUAAAAACAGUUAUGAUAGGGCAUGACAGAGUACGGUUAUGUUAAACCGGGCGAGCCGCGGGAUGUGGUUUCACGAUAAAUGAGGUAUUAAUUGAGUGUGAAAAAUACGACCAUAACGUCGAUGACUAGGACCAGUUGCUAUUUAUAAAGUGAAUUAUGGAAACAACGAGGAUCCCUCCGAAUCUGUCUCAUCAACACCUAAUGGGUGGUGAAGAGCAUCAAAAUCCUACAGGACAACCGAAGCGGACUACGUCGGUGGAAAGGGUUGUCACAUUACGCGAAUGGUUAACCGUACUUGUAUUAUGUUUCGUUAACCUCAUCAAUUACAUGGACAGAUUUACUAUCGCAGGAAUUUUGACAGACAUUCAAAAGGAUUAUAACAUAGGAGAUGACUUGGGAGGCUUGCUUCAAACGGCCUUUAUAGUAAGCUAUAUGAUCUUCGCACCUUUAUUUGGGUACCUUGGAGAUCGGUACAACAGAAAAUUCAUCAUGAGUUUCGGAGUGUUUCUUUGGUGCCUUACAACUUUUGUUGGCUCUUAUAUGCAGAGUUUCGAAUGGUUUUUGGUGUUUCGAAUGUUCGUUGGUAUUGGCGAGGCUAGUUACUCGACCAUAGCCCCAACCAUCAUAAGCGACUUAUUCAUCAAAGACGUUCGAUCAAAGAUGCUGGCCCUGUUCUACUUUGCUAUACCGGUCGGAAGUGGCUUAGGGUAUAUAACGGGGAGCAAGACUGCAGAAUAUGCUGGUUCCUGGCACUGGGGGCUACGAGUUACACCAGUAUUAGGAAUACUGGCAGUAUUUCUGAUUUUAUCAGUGGUACAGGACCCUGUUAGAGGUGAAAGAGAAGGAGGGAGCCAUAUUCACAGCACUUCGUGGACAGACGAUAUCAAAUCUCUCUGUAGAAAUCCUAGCUUCAUGCUGUCUACCGCAGGAUUUACCUGCGUCUCAUUUGUCGCGGGAGCGUUGGCAUGGUGGGGACCUUCGUUUAUUCACUUGGCUCUCACACUCCAGCCUAAUGGAGGAAAAGAAGUUACCUUAUCCGAUGUUUCAUACAAAUUCGGAAUUAUAGCCAUGAUUGCAGGGAUUAUUGGAGUCCCACUAGGUUCAAUUAUAGCACAACGAUUAAGGGUGAAGUGGCGGAACGCGGAUCCACUGAUUUGUGCCGUUGGUUUACUUAUUAGCACGCCUUUCCUUUUCUUCGGAAUCAUUACUGCCAGUACAAAUUCAAUUCUUUGUUAUACACUCAUAUUUUUUGGACAACUCGCAUUGAAUCUUAACUGGUCAAUUGUAGCCGAUAUGUUACUGUAUGUUGUCUUACCGACAAGAAGAUCAACUGCAGAAGCUUUUCAAAUUUUAGUAGCACAUGCGUUUGGCGAUGCGGGCAGUCCGUAUAUUAUUGGAGUAGUAUCUCAGGCAUUGAAAAAGGCACUGAGUCCAACGACCCUUAUAAUCAUCGACGAUGAUAAAAAUGAAUACGACCCAGUGACUAAAUUUCGUAGUCUACAAUAUGCGCUUUUCAUGACAACAUUUAUCGAAAUAAUUGGUGGCCUUUUCUUCUUCUUCACGGCUCUGUAUAUACAGAAGGACAAGGCUGUAGUUGAUCUUUCAAUCGCAGAAAAAUGUCUAGACACUAAGAAUAAUCGGCAGUCAGAAUCAACGCGUUUAUAGAUCAUCAGAGGGCUCCCACCUGAUAGUGUGCUGUAUAUCUGAUGAUACAGAUUCAGAAACAACGCAAUACUACGAUGACGAGCUUCCAAAUAGCACAACAAAUUGAAUUGGAAGACAUUGAUUGAGAAUUUCGGUUGUGUACUAACAAAGUCUUUAAAAAAAAGUAGCUGCUACUCUAUUUUGUUGUAGAAUUUUCUACACACUGGACUCCUCUUGAGAAGGAACGCACCCCAAAAAUGUUCGAGAUACGUAUAUUGAAUGACCGGAUAUUUAAGUAUUGAAUUGAUAUAGUAUUUUUGGAAUUUCUAGCAGGUAACAUUUACAAGGUAUUAGUGGCUUCCUCGGUUGUUUAUACUUCGCUAAUAUUAUGGCGCGAUUAUAUUUAGCUGUAAAAUUCAGGGGGUGUUAGAAAGAGACUUAAAAAACGAAUAACGAUAGACUUACUUAAACCAUGAUCUUUUCUCAGGUAGAGUAAAACGAAGAAACAAACUCAAGCGAAUCAUGUGAAAGUAUACUUUCACAGAACUCACUACUUAUUGUAGUGCAAAGUUGUAAUUGUUCUGUGAUUUAAACAAUAUAUUAAUAUUAGGCAACAGCAUUCACUUUUUAAGUGAUAAUUGUCAUGAAAUUGGUUUAUCCUUUUCAGUAAACCAGGAGAAAUUCACAUUGGUGGUUUGCGUAAAAGAUCUAUUAAAAAUUUAUAAGUAAUGAUUAGCUAUGUACAUGUCAAAAUUAACUUUAGGAAAAUUGAAUUAAAUUUGGACUUCUUAUACUGUUUGUUAGCAAAUGCAUGAAAUGCAAAUAAUACCUGCCAACGGUAGCUUGAACAUGUAACGAUAUAAUGUGUAGUUUACUGUAUAAGUUUCUACUAUAGUGCGCAUAGAUAUCGAGUAUGAAAAUCAAAUGUAAUUGCGGAUGAGGAAAUUUUUUAGGUUCAACAAUGUAUACUUAUUGUUAAUUCCGCAAGUUAUCAGUUAACGACAUCACAAAGUUAGAAGCAAAUUAUAAUUGCUCGAUACUAAAACAAAGGAUAAACAAAAUAAAUAAAUAAAUAGAUUUCCAAGAACGACAAUUUAGGUAUAUGUGUAUCUAGAUGCAAUACAAGACUGGAUAUUUGUUAUAAGUUCGAAGGAAUAUGCAACUUUGAUGCAUUACCAAAUCGUAGAAAUUUAAAAUUCUAAUUAAAAAUUAAAAACAAAUAUCAUUACACCAAAUGGUAAGUGUUGUAAGGAGAGCGGGUAUCUCGAUUGAGUUUUGGAAAUGCAUCUUUAUCUGCUUGAAGUUUGCAAAAAAGUACUGGAAGAUUGUAUCCUUAAACCAUUCAAAGUGUAACUCUACCGUACUUCAUCUUGCCAUUAUUUAACGUGUAUGAAUACAUGCAUAAUUGAAGUAUAUUACUGCAUGAUGUUAGGAUCUUCUUAAAAUAUUUUGCACUAUUUUUGGAUUGUACAGGUAGAUUAUUAGUCUAUGAUGAUUGUUUGAAAGUUCUGUUUAUUUAUUUAAUCAUCAAUACUUACAUCACUGUUGUUUUUUAGCGUAUAUUAGGUUGUAUGCUUUCUUCAUUUUUGGUAUUUACCAAAAAUCUAAAACAUAUCGUGUAUUUUUAAAUGAUAUUUUUUUUUCAUUCUAAGAAUGGAUAUUUAUUUUUCAAAUCCUAUGAUCAAAUUAAUUUUUCUUUGUUUAUUGCACUUUUACCAUAUCUAUAUAUUUGCGACAAACAUCCUUUUUUCUGUAUUUUUGAAUAUGGUUCUGUCAGAAUUACCAGAUAGGCAUUAAUGUAUAUUUCAAGUAUUAUCGCGUAACUGCGCUAAUGGCAUCACCACAUGAAUUGUACAGAAACACAUAGGUAAUACACUAAUUGCAUGCGAAAUAUGAAAUAAGAAACUGCCUCCAACUGUUAGAUUUAUAAAAUAUUGAUUUCAGAUAUGAAAAAACUAUAAUAAAAAUUUCGGUUUGUAUAGAAAA